CCCUGCUUGAACCUAUAUCGUAGCCUUAGGCAGCACGAUACCGCGACGUUACCUUGAAUCGCUCGCCAGUGGUUACCAUAUCAUGACUUCCGUAGAGUCAGGAGUUUCUGGUUUGUACCUACUUCCACAGGGAGGCGAUGACGAGUGGAAGAGACUCGAUGAGAUGCAUGCCGGAAUCAACGAGUAUCUUGGGAACCGUCUCUCCCUCGCGAACUUCGGACGCCCGGAUAGGAUAUUGGAACUUGGCUGUGGAUCUGGUGCUUGGGCGAUACAAGCCGCGAAGACAUACCCGCAUGCCGAUGUACAAGCUGUAGAUGCGAGUCCUCUCCCGCCGAGGCCUCUGCCCUCAAAUCUCACUUUUCAGAGAGCGAAUAUUUUUGAGCCUCUGCCAUUCGAGUCCCAGUCUUUCGACCUUAUCCACCUAAGGCUUGUAUUGUUCUACGUGCCCAACGUACAUGAUAUCCUCCCUCGAAUCAUCGCGCUUCUCAAACCUGGCGGUUGGCUCGUCAUUGAAGAUAUUUGCCUUUUAAAUUGCAGAAAUAGUGGGCCUUGCCACGAGGAACUGUUCCGCAUCACAGACCGAUAUAUGAGAUCGAGGGCUUGCGACCCCUGUAUUGGGGAAAAUCUGGAGGCAAUCUUGAAAGAGAGUCGAUCUCUUGUCGAUCUCUCUUCUCUCAGGGUUGAUCUUCCUUUCUAUGAAACCAGCCAGGAAGACCCUCUUGCACCGCUUGCGAAGGUCAUGAAAACUUCAGUCGUAGGCGCAAUGACAGGACCCUUAUCUGCAGAGUUGGUCGCUGACGGCCUCACUUCGGAGCUUCAGGCCGGAUUCGGGAGAGAGAUGGAGGACGCUCGUUAUAAGCCUGCUUUCUGCUUGCAUUUCUACUCGGCACGAAAACAAUAGGUCAAAUAGGUGCUUAUAUGUACGUUUAUUCACUAUAGGUCCAG